AUGUACUUGUGGCUCUUGCUGCCCGUGACCAUCUCUGUCUUAAAUGUCAGGUCGGAGAGCCUGGAUGACUGCGAUGGCGACUGCAGCUUGCAGCUGUUGCAGAGAAAGGCUGACAGCUCCACCACUGCAGACUACACGCUGCGGAUGAAGGGCAAGGACCCCAUCAUGCUCUACGACUCCUCGGCACCCGAAUUCGGGAAGAAGCCCAAGCUACAAGCCUACUGUGCCAUCGGCUCCUGCGACAACGACGGCCUGUGCAAAUGCUUAUUGGGCCAAGGAUUUUAUCUAGGCCCCAUGAGCGAGCUACAAAAUUGGCUGGAUAUCACAAGCGGCAGGGACACCUUGAGCACUUUUGCGGUUCAGCGAAGCGGACAGGAUGCAGCCAAGAACCACCAAACCUGUCAGGGAAAGUAUGCCUUUUGCUAUGGCGUGCCUUGCACGUGUCCGAAAGACGAUUGUUUCGAUAUGGCAAACGAGGACAAGGACGGAGAUUGCAAAUGCAUCCAGAUGGAGGGGAAUUUCAGCACCAUCAAUCCACUUGGCU